AUGGCGGCCCUGACCUUUUCUCAGUUCCUCUUCCUUCUCUCGAUCUUUUCUCUCUCUUAUUUCCGAAUCGCGCGGUCUGACUCCGGCCUAAUUGGAGUGAACUACGGUCGAGUCGCCGACGACCUCCCACCACCAUCCCAAGCGGUUCAACUCCUAAAGGCCAACGGCAUCAACAGAGUCAAGCUCUACGAUGCUGAUCCGGCAGUCCUUACUGCUCUAUCCGGUUCAGGCAUAUCCGUCACCGUUGCACUCCCUAAUGAGAAUCUCUCUGCGGCCGCAGCCGAUCAAUCAUUUACCGAUAAUUGGGUCCAAUCCAACAUCGUCCCUUACCAUCCCCAAACCAUCAUAGAAGCCAUCGCCGUCGGCAAUGAAGUCUUCGUGGACCCAAAAAACACCAGCCCAUUUCUCGUACCCGCCAUGAACAACGUCUAUAAUUCACUUCUGAAGUUCAACGUUAAGUCAUCGAUCAAAAUCUCAUCCCCCAUAGCUCUCAGUGCACUCCAAACUUCUUACCCAUCAUCAGCCGGUUCGUUCAAAUCGGACUUGAUCGAACCAGUGAUCAAACCCAUGUUAAACUUCCUCCGACAAACCGGCUCCCCUCUCAUGGUUAACGCAUACCCAUUCUUCGCUUACGAAGCCAACACCGACACCAUCUCAUUGGACUACGCUUUGUUUCGUGACAACAACGGCGUUACAGAUUCCAACAAUGGGCUUGUUUACAAGAGCCUUUUCGAUGCCCAAAUCGACGCCGUUUUUGCUGCCAUGAACGCGUUGAGCUACAACGAUAUAAAAAUGGUGAUUUCUGAAACGGGUUGGCCUUCAAAAGGCGACGAAAAUGAGAAUGGUGCUGGUGAAGCUAACGCGGCUGCGUAUAACGGAAACCUGGUGCGCAGAGUUCUCACCGGUGGUGGGACACCAUUAAAGCCCAACGAGACUCUGAACGUCUAUUUGUUUGCUCUCUUCAACGAGGACCAAAAGUCCGGACCCACUUCAGAGAGAAACUAUGGGUUGUUCUACCCUAACGAGCAGAAAGUAUAUGAUAUACCACUGACCCUCGAGGCUUUGAACGGUGGUCCGGCGUCGGCGCCUCCUGCCAAUGGGAGUAAGAGUCAGGUGCCUUUACCGCCUGAUGGUGGCGAUGUAGCGGCGGGGCAGACAUGGUGUGUGGCGAAUGAGGAGGUUGGGGAGGAGAGAUUGCAGGCAGGGCUUGAUUAUGCUUGUGGGGAAGGAGGCGCUGAUUGCCGUCCGAUACAGCCAGGUGCCACGUGUUAUGAUCCUAAUAGUCUUGUGGCCCACGCCUCAUAUGCGUUCAAUAGUUAUUAUCAGAAGAACGCUCGUGGGGGUGGAACGUGUUGGUUUGGUGGGGCCGCCUACGUUGUCCCUCAGCGUCCUCGUGGUGAGGCGGAAAGAGAAGUUGUCUAUGACAGCGGAGUGUGGGGUGACUGGAGGCGGACAGGUGUCAGACGUGCCAGAUGGGUGGGCCUACCCACGUUUCUCAACGUUGAAAGACUCUUUGGGAGUGGAGGUUUGGUAGUUGGUGCGGAGUGUGGUCAAAUUCAACCAACUCUUUGGUUUUGGUUUUGUGUAGGGGGGGAAGGUUGA